UAUAGUUGCAAUGGCGGCUGCGGAGGAGGGCGGCGGCGUGGGGCCGGGUCGGAAGCUUUCAGUCUCUACCUCUGAGCCGGCGGGGACGCUCCCGUGUUUCGUUCCCGAGCAGGCGCGUGGCGCCGGGACAGCGUCUCCACUCAGUAGCGCCGAGACGUGGCCGCUGAAGCGCUAUGGCCGCUUUGUCUCCCCGGGAGACCCACCGUGUGGGGCGGGAGCUUCGGCUUCCUGGAAGGUUUUGGAGUCAAGUGAAGAAUCAGGCCAUCUUAUUCUCACCAUUGUUGUAUCUGGACACUUCUUCAUUUCUCAAAGACGGGCAGUACAGGAAGGUUUUUCAUUAAUUGAUGCCCACAAAUGGUUGAAGAUAGUAAGAAGAGCAGAUUGUCUGUUGUUUGGUUCAAGGUUAAAAAAUGAAUGCCGCAUGUUUCGUAUUCAGUUUGGUGGAGAUUCAAAAGAGCAGGCGCUGGAACACUGCUAUAAUUGUGUGCAGAAACUUGCAGACUAUGUAACAGUUCAGGUAACAGAUGAGCAAAGCCAGGAGCUGCACCAAGGACAUAGUCAGCUGGCUAACAGUGAAAGUCGAGUGAAGGACUUUGAACAAAACACAUCGAUGCUGCAUGGACCAAGUCACAUUAUAGAUAAGCCUCCAGCCCAGUCAUGCAGAAGCUUUCCAGAGAGACAGAGAUCCGUGACAGAGCUAGCACAGUCUGUGCUGAAGUCAUCAACAUUUGCGCUCCCCCUUGCAUAUCAGCAUUCCGUGUGGAGUGCUGAAGAAUUAGGACCUUUUAUUCGCCUAUGUCUCAUGGAUCAGAACUUCCCAGCAUUUGUGGAAGAAGUGGAGAAGGAGUUGAAAAAACUGACAGAAGGUUGAGGAAAUGUUAAUACAUUUCAGAACGUCUCUACUGGAGGAGAUGAUCUUGGGGAUUUGAGAAGAGUGGCCAAACCAAAUGAGAACACUUCAUGGGAGCCUAUAUUCAGUACACUUAACUGUUGAUGCAUACAUCAUUUUAGGUGCGCACUUAAUGAGUUUAAGAUAAUGUCAUUACAAAUGCUUGGAACUUGACCAAAUGAACACCAGUUUCCUCUGAAAUAAGUCCAUGCACUGUUUUCCAUGCCAAAUUGCAAGUGUUAAGAUUCUGCUGUAACCUCUGGUCAGCCCUCACUAAAUAAAGGGUAGAAAAGUGCAAUGGAUUAUGAAGAGCCACCAAUGGAAAAGGUGGUACUAUAACACAGGCUAUUCUGAAUCCCAGCCUAGUGCAUAUUCUGCUAAGCAAAAAGGGGGUUGUAAACAGAGAAAAAGACUAGUAAAGAGAAGUUUUUUAAAAAUUAAAAGUUUAUCAGCACACAUGUAAAGUUUUGUGGGCUGGUUGAGAGCCACCUUGGGACUAGUUUAGAGUUUUAUACUGCCACCCAUCACUACAGUGAGUAUGCAUCACUGUGCACCACUUUGCUAAGCUUGUUAGAAAUGCACCUAGGGACAAAGUCUCUGUGCAUGCUUUGUAGGCAUUUUUUACAUUCACAUAACUUGGCUGAACCAAAGCAGAUUUUCUCAGAACCCAGGAUAUGCAUUACUCCAUGUCAGAUUGAAAUUUACAAGCCUCGGCUGUUUUGAUAAGGCUGUUUAUUAAAAAAAAAAAAAAGUCUUUUUAAUGAAGACUUUCUGUUCUCCAUGGUAUUACUCAGAAAUGGUAGAGCUAUUUUCGCUCCAACUUUGCAAAGAAGUUCACCGUUGGGCUCAGAAAUUUUCAUCCCAAUAGGUGAACGUUUGAAGACCACUGAAUAAUCAAUCUGUUGUACUGCCUUAGCUACAGUAGUUAUUGUUGCAUAAGUUAUGGUACACUGGAACACUGUGGUACCUGUCUGAUACACGAGAAGGAUUCUCCAGUAUUAUAAAAUGAUAGUGAAUUAUGAUAUGGACAUGGUCACUCCCUGCUGCACCCGCUUCCCCUGAUCACUUGAAAACAUCACAUCCUUAUAGUGAGCGAUAAGUUUCUCACUAGGACAACUUGGGUAGGCUUUUGACAGACAACAUUGUAAGCAACUGGUUGUUACGUUAAAGUCUGUUCACCAGUCUGUCUCUUUCAUAAACCAGUUUCUCC